CGCGCUCGCUUAAAGUAGAGGACCAUCGGGCGCCAUUUUUAAUACACCGGAACUCGGCUAGCAAGGUAGCAUUAGCUGUUUAUCAGCUGAAACUUUUAAAUACGAAUCGUAACCCAAAUUUGACUCCUCGGCUUCAACAAAAAUGAAUGUUGUGGAUCACGUGCGCGAUAUGGCGGCUGCUGGUCUCCACUCCAACGUCCGGAUAUUGAGCAGCUUGAUGCUGACGAUGAGUAAUAACAACCCAGAGCUUUUCUCACCUGCUCAAAAGUACCAGCUGUUGGUUUACCAUGCGGAUGCCAUCUUCCACGAUAAAGAGUAUCGUAAUGCUGCCUGUAAAUACAGUAUGGCACUGCAACAGAAGAAGGUGCUCAGCAAAACAUCCAAAGUUCGAACCUCUGCUGGUGGAGCUGCGGCAAACGUCCAAACACAAAGUCUACCUUCAGAGAUUGAAGUGAAAUACAAGAUAGCUGAAUGUUAUACUAUUUUGAAACUGGAUAAAGAUGCCAUUGCAGUGCUUGAUGGGAUCCCAUCUCGACAGAGGACUCCAAAGAUCAACAUGAUGCUAGCUAACCUGUACAGGAAAGCUGGACAGGAACGCUCUGCCGUGACCAGCUACAAAGAAGUUCUCCGACAGUGCCCCCUCGCUUUAGAUGCAAUCAUUGGUCUUCUGUCUUUAUCAGUCAAAGGAGCUGAAGUAGCAUCCAUGACCAUGGAUGUUAUCCAGAGUGUCCCCAACCUGGACUGGCUUUCUGUUUGGAUCAAGGCGUAUGCCUUUAUACAUGCAGGUGAUAAUCAAAGGGCCAUCAACACCAUAUGUUCUCUUGAGAAGAAAUCUCUGUUGCGGGACAACGUGGAUCUCCUCGUGAGCCUGGCAGACGUCUACUUCAGGGCAGGUGACACCAAGAAUGCCAUCCUCAAAUUUGAACAGGCCCAAAUGCUGGACCCGUAUCUCAUCAAAGGGAUGGAUGUGUACGGCUACCUGUGGGCCCGAGAAGGACACCUGGAGGAUGUGGAGGUCCUCGGCGGACGACUGUUCAAUAUCUCGGACCAGCAUGCGGAACCUUGGGUGAUUUCUGGCUGUCACAGCUUCUACAGUAAGCGCUACUCCAGAGCCUUGUACCUGGGCGCCAAGGCAAUUCAGUUGAACAGCAACAGCGUGCAGGCGCUCCUCCUGAAGGGGGCGGCGUUGAGAAACAUGGGCCGUGUCCAGGAAGCUAUCAUCCAUUUUAGAGAGGCAAUGCGCUUGGCGCCCUGUCGCCUCGACUGCUACGAAGGUCUGAUUGACUGCUACCUGGCAUCCAAUGGCAUCAGAGAGGCUAUGGGGAUGGCCAAUAACAUCUACAAGACCCUGGGAUCCAAUGCUCAGACUCUGACCAUUCUUGCCACUGUGUGCCUGGAAGACCCCGUGACGCAGGAGAAAGCCAAAACCUUGCUGGACAAAGCCUUGGCUCAGAGACCCGACUACACUAAGGCUGUGGUCAAAAAGGCUGAACUACUGAGCCGGGAACAGAAAUACGAAGAAGGAAUCGCGCUGCUUCGAAACGCGCUGGCCAAUCAGAGCGACUGUGUGCUGCACAGAAUGCUUGGAGAUUUCCUAGUGGCCGUCAACGACUACCAGGAGGCUAUGGAUCAGUACAGCAUCGCGCUCAGUCUAGAUCCCAAUGAUCAGAAGUCCUUAGAAGGGAUGCAGAAGAUGGAAAAGGAGGAGAGUCCCACAGACGCCACAGUGGAGCUGGACGGCGAUGACAUGGAGGGCAGCGGGGAAGACGGCGACCUGGAGGGCAGUGACAGCGAGGCCGCCCAGUGGGCUGACCAGGAACAGUGGUUUGGUAUGCAGUAGCCAGGCCAAUAUGAUCAGUGCCUCCCCCUGGGCUUGCACAAGGCCUUCGGUCACCUCAGCAUUGAGCUGUGGACCAGAACGCUUCUCUUCGUGCUGUUCGAGACUGAUCAAGUCAGGAUCACUGACCCGCAGUGUUUUGUUUGUUCCUUCUUCCCAACUCAUGAGCUCAUACCGCCCCGCCAAGGUUAGAUGUAUUUAUUUUUGUUCUGGAAUAAAAUAACAUUUAAGAAACGUAUUCCAUCCUCGGUUUGCUGAAGUAAAGCUUACAUUGUCAAUUUGUUGAAACAUUGGAUGAAGCUGUGGUCAGAUUGGCUGGUGUCUGCUUCAAUCCAGGGCUAAGACUUUUCUUUUUGUGACUGACUAAAGACGAAAGUGGACGUGGAAGUAUUUGAAUUCAUAUAUAUAAAAUAUUAAUUACACAUUCAAUUUGCCAUUACACAUUUAAUUGUAUCAAGCAAUCGAUGGUCUUUAUUUUAAUGUUGUCUGUAAAACCAGUUUGUAACAUGUUGGAAUGCAUAGUGUAAACGUUACAAAAAUGUCUAAAGUGUAUUUUGUAAAUAUUUUUUAAAAUGGACAAUUAAACUCAAAAAAGUUUGAA